AUGCGAACGACGGCUCUCCUUGCGGCGUGCUUGUCGUUUGCCAGCAUCAUCAAUGGCAUCUCAAUCGCUAUGGUGGAAAAUAUUGGUACAGUACCUAAUGGUUGGCGAAUGGUGGGCGUGCCAGAUCCGAGCCAACGGCUGCGGUUCAGCAUCGCUGUGAAGCAACAAAACCGAGCGUUGUUUGAACAGACGCUCUACGACGUAUCCACCCCAUCUCACCCGGAUUAUGGGCGGCAUUUGAAGCGCGACGAGCUCAAGGACCUGGUCCGCCCAACCGUUGAAGCCACUUUGUCCAUCAUUGAGUGGCUUGAGGAAUCUGGCGUUCGUAGCGGAAGCAUUCAAGAUGACGGUGACUGGAUAACUUUUGUUGCUACGGUGGAGCAGGCAGAGAAAAUGAUGAGCACCAAAUUCAACUACUACCAGAGUCACGUCCGGCCCAACGUUCGGAUUCUACGGACGAUGCAUUACUUUGUCCAAGACGGGCUGGACCAGUACAUCGAUAUGAUUCAGCCCACAACCCGUUUCCCUCGGAUACAUCCGCUGCGCAGCCCGAUUCUCGGUAUGCAAGAAGUCGGUGCGUCUCGCGCGAAUCCAAACAUCACGGCUUGCAGCGGCAAGAUCACGCCAUCGUGCCUGAGGGAGCUCUACAACAUCAAGGGCUUCCGAGUGAAUUCCGCAAAAGGUGGAUUUAUCGGCGUCAGCGGCUUCCUGGAUCAGUACGCGCGCUAUGCCGACCUCGACGUGUUCCUUGACGAAUACGCGCCAUGGGUCCAGAACGGGACCUUUACUCACACGUUCCUUAAUGGCAGCGUUAUGGAACAGAACUCCACCAACAGCAGCAUCGAAGCAAACCUCGACAUUCAAUACACCGCCUCCCUCAGCUACCCCCUGCGCAACCACUUCUACAGCACGCCCGGCCGCGGCGAGCUCGUCCCCGACCUCGACCAGCCCACGCAGAGCGACAACCUCAACGAGCCCUACCUCGAGUUCUUCACCUACCUCCUCAGCCUUCCCGACGGCCAGCUCCCCCAAACCCUCACAACCUCCUACGGCGAGAACGAGCAAUCAGUCCCCGAGCCCUACGCCCGCCGCGUCUGCGACAUGGCCGGGCAGCUCGGCCUCCGCGGCGUCUCCGUGAUCUUCGCCUCGGGCGACAGCGGUGUCGGUUCCGCGUGCCGGACCAACGACGGCACGAACGCCACGCGCUUCAUGCCUGUCUUCCCGGCCUCGUGCCCGUACGUGACGUCUGUAGGCGGGACUUACGGCGUCGAGCCCGAGCGCGCCAUCGCGUUCUCCAGCGGCGGCUUCAGCGACCUCUUCCCAAGGCCUGCGUACUAG